UUUUAAAAUAUGGAAGGUGAAGGAGACGCUGAAAUUGAAAAGACAUUCAUAGAGGAAACAUCUAUUCUCGAUAAAUAUAAAGCUGCUGCUGAGAUCGCUGAUGCCGUUGUCACACAGAUUUCUACUAAGAUCGUACCUGGAGCUGAUAUUGCUACUCUCUGUAAGGAGGCUGAUGAUCUUAUUGAGGAACAAUGCAAGACUGUGUUCCACAGCAAAAAGACUAAAAAAUUAAGAAGAGGUAUUGCCUUCCCAACUUCUAUUUCCGUCAACCACAUCCUCGGAAAUUACUCCCCAUUGCCUGAUGAGAGCACUACUAUUGAAGAGGGAGAUGUUGCCAAAGUUGAUUUGGGAGUGCAAAUCGAUGGAUACAUCGCAAUCUCAGGACAUACCGUAUUUGCCACUGCUGAUGAUGAUGCUAAGAUCACUGGAAGAGCUGCAGAUGUUAUGCUUGCUGUUCAUUCCGCUAAGGAAGCUGCUCUUAGGACUAUCCUAGCAGGCAACAAAAACACUCAAGUUACUGAGGUGAUCAACAAGACUGUCGAAGAAUUCAAAUGCCAUGUUGUCAAAGGAGUGUUUUCUCAUAAACUCAAGAAGCAUGUCAUAGAUGGAGAAGAUGUCAUUGCCUCAACUAAAGGCCAAAAAUGUGAGGAUUAUGAGUUCCACCCAGGAGAUGUCUUUGGUCUUGAAAUCUUUGUUAGUAGCGGUUCUGGAAGACCAAAAGGAUCUGAGCUCAAAACUAACAUCUACAAGAGAAGACUAGAAAAUACUUACUUGCUUAAGAGUGACAAAGCUAGAUCUUUCCUCAAGCAGGUGAACACCAAGUACCCAGCCUUGCCAUUCUCUUUGCGCCACUUCGAGGACCAAACUAUGGUCAGAAUCGGAGUCAAGCAUUGUUUAGACCACGACUUGAUUGAACCAUUUGCUGUGAUUGAGGAAGAAAAAGGAGAAGUAGUUGCUCACUGGAAAGCCACAGUUGCUGUGAUGACCAACGGUACCCUCUUCUUGAGUGGUAACAUGGAUCUCAACAAGGACAAGUUCGAAACUGAGAACACCAUCGAAUCACAAGAACUAAAGGACUUGUUAGCCCUUUCUAUGGACAUUAAAGACCAGAAAAAGAGAAAGAAGGACGCAAGCAAAAAGAAAGAUGAAGAGAAAAAGGAGUAAUAUAAUAUUCCUAAUUCCAAUCUA